CCAUUUAGUUCGAUUUAUGAAUUUUGAUUUGUGAUUCAAUUCAUACUAAAUCUUAAUUAACUACACAUUUAUUAAAAAGUUUUGUAAAUUUUCUUCUAUACGUUAUUAUAGGGCAAUUUAAAAGGUAAAGGUCGUAUUGUUACAAUGGAAGACGUUAAAAUUACACCCGAAGACAUGAAAAAACAACGCAAUGAAUUGAUACAGAAAAUGAAGGAAUUUAUUGAAAAAGUUCAAAUGCUAUCGUGGAAUUUACAACAAAAUUUUAUCGAUCUGUAUUUAAAUUUCACACCAACAAGAAGCCUGGAGCAGUUAAAUUAUAAAAACAGAAAAGAAAACAUAUUUUUAGAAUAUGAUAAAUUAAACGGAGAAAUAACCACUAUAUGCGAAGCACUUGAAAGUAAAUAUAAAACAGAGGACUUUAAAAACUAUUGUGAUAAAUUAAAUGAUUCAAUAAACCAUUUAAAAGACCUUUGCAUUGUGGCAGAAGGAAAAUCAAUACUUGAGAAAGCUAAUCAUGAGUUGGGAAGAUAUAAUUACUGUGACGCCAUAUUAAGUGUAAGGGAUUUACUUGUAAAACUACGAUCUUUAAAAUAUGAGGGAAAUAUGUCUAAAGCUCUAUCUAAUCUUUCUGCACAAGCUGAAAAUCAAAUAGCUGUGUAUACGGCUAACUUGAGCAUAGAAUGGGAAGAAAUCUUUACUUGGACAGAAAGAAAAGGUGUAAAUCAACUCACAUACUCUCUAUGUAUACAACAAAGUGAUCCAAUAUUGAUACAAAAAUUAUUAAAAUCUCUUUAUUCCACUGAACGUCUUAAUGUAGAACUUGGUUUAUUUUCUGAUUUUUUCGUAAAUAAGUUGCUACAUAAUGUUGUAAGGCAUAAUUGUGAUAUAUUUACAGAAGAUCAUGUAGGAGCACUUAUAUUUAACAUAAAAAUAGAUCUAAGUGAUCCUAAAAAACCAAAUUUUCAAACAAUAUUUAACAAUUUAACAGCAGUGUUUGAAUUUUUACAAUCAACCUUAGGAUCAAAACUGGAGGCUGAUAUGACAUUUAUUGAAGUGUUUGCUAAAUCCAUAAGGUCCAAUUUCUUUACAAAAAUUAUAGAAGAUUGCAUCAGAAAUAACCUGCCAUCUUGUGACAGUAGUUAUCAGAACUAUAAAAAUAUUGUUAUUGAGCUGGAAUCAUUCAAUAAGUUUCUGAUAGAUUUAAAGUUUGUGGAAGAAAAAAAUUCACCACUGAAUAAAUACAUCAAUGAUACAGAAUGUGUGCUGUAUAAUAAAAAGUGUGAUAAACUUUUGAAUGAUGUUCGUAAACUGUUACUUGAAAGUUUGUCUUACGGAACAAUAACUGUGGGCACAGUCACUGAAAUAGAAAAUGAAUCGGUUUUAGAUGUAACACAGAAAGAUUUUGUAUACGAUUUAAACAGCCCGCUAUUUCUUCCAAAGUGUGUCAUAUCUCAAAAUGUUAAAAAGAUAAUGACUAUUAUUAUUGAGCAUUUGGAAGAGAGUGUAAAAUUGCCGGAAAAGUAUAGUAAUCAACUGGUUGUAUACAUAAAAGAUAUUGCUGUUAUGUAUCAAUGCCUUGUACCAAAAAAGUUCAGAGUUAAUCUAGACUGUUGUCCUUUAGAUAUAGCAUUAUUCUUCAACAAUUGCUUCUACUUAGCACACAGUUUACUCGGACCUCCAUGGAAGAUUAUUUUGCCGGAUACCUUAGCUGAUCUUCUUAAUAUUGCCUUAUUGGAAUGCAUACAGGACUUAAGGCUAGUUGGAUUAGAGAAAAUGUCUCUUUAUUUGCAAAAUCAAAGGAACAUUAUUGUGGAAAAAGUUGAAGCAAAUGAGCUACCCUGGUCGCUAGAUUCCUACGACACCUUCAACUACGCAAUCAACAACUCCAUAACCCUGAUGAAGGAACUGAAAAGCAGCUGGUACAAUAUCCUCCCGUCUCGCAUGUACCAGCUCUCACUGUGCACUCUCAUACAAGCAUUGUGCCAGAGCAUGCUCACUAGAAUAUUUGUGGAUAUCAAACCAGUUGAUGAAGAACUUAUUUACAUGUUAGCUAUUCGAUUUCAAGAUUCUAUUAAGGAGAUUAAAACGUUAUUUGAGGAGCCAAUAAAAUUUGAGACCAAGGUAGAAGCUUGGAGAAAAUUCGUUAAAAUGCCGCAACUACUAAAAGCUCAACUUCUCGAAAUAGCUGAGAUCUGGAAAACAGAUAAGGAACUAACAGAAACCUACACUUGUGAAGAGAUCCGCCAAAUCGUGAAAAUUCGCUUUCCAGAUGAUAAAUAUAGGCUGAAAAUAUUAAAAGAAAUAGAAUGAUUUAUAACUGUGUUUUGUU